AGGCCAGGAAUACUGGUUAGAAGAAAAUGUGUCUGGAAACCAUGGACAGUGGCCCUCAUUACCGUGGCUGUUUUUCUGGCUUUGGCAGUGCUCAUUGGUCUCCUUGUUUACUUUUUGGUGUAUGAUGAGAAGAAUCAUUACUACCAGGCCUCCUUCUGUAUUCCCAGCAUUAAAUAUGGCUCAGAUUUGUCCGAAGAGCAGUCAAAAUUUCGGACUGACCUGAAACAAAAAAUCAGCAAUGAGAUAGAUGUGAUAUUUCAAAGAUCCCGUUUAAAGCAUCAUUAUGUCAAAUCUCAAGUUGUCAACUUUCGGCCCAGUAUUGAUGGGGUGAAAGCAGACGUACUGAUUAAAUUUCAGAUUCCCCGUAAGAAUGUGGGUACUUUGAAAAGACAAGCUGAUGACAUUUUGCAAGAGAAGUUGCAAUCCUCCCAGAGCAACUUGAAGAGAGAUGUUUCACUACCUUAUCUUAGAGAAAUGAAUGCUGCACAAGCAGAGCACAUUCUAAACAGCGACUGCGGCUCCGGGAUGGAGUACCCACCCAUAGCAAGAAUCGCUGAUGGCAAACCUGCAGACAAAGCUGCUUGGCCUUGGCAAAGCAGCCUGCAGGUGGAAGGCAACCACCUCUGUGGUGCUUCUCUCAUUGGAUCCCAGUGGCUCGUGACCUCCGCUCACUGCUUUGACAAUUACAAAAACCCCAAACUGUGGACAGUAAGUUUUGGACGAACCCUUAGCAGUCCACUGACAACACGGAAGGUGGAGUCCAUCAUCGUUCACGAGAACUACGCCUCCCACAAGCACGAUGACGACAUAGCUGUGGUCAAGCUCUCCAGCCCUGUGCUGUUUUCUGAAAAUUUGCGCAGAGUCUGUCUCCCUGAAGCAACUUUUCAAGUCUUGCCGAAGAGUAAAGUGUUUGUCACCGGAUGGGGAGCACUGAAAGCGAAUGGUCCCUUUCCCAAUUCUCUGCAAGAAGUUGAAAUAGAGAUCAUAAGUAAUGACGUAUGUAAUCAAAUUAAUGUAUAUGGUGGCGCUAUAUCCUCAGGAAUGAUAUGUGCUGGAUUCUUGACAGGAAAACUAGAUGCCUGUGAGGGUGAUUCUGGAGGGCCGCUGGUUAUUUCAGAUAACAGAAAUAAGUGGUAUCUUCUUGGAAUUGUUAGUUGGGGAAUAGACUGUGGAAAAGAAAACAAGCCUGGAAUUUACACCAGAGUGACUCAUUAUCGGGACUGGAUUAAAUCUAAAACUAGCAUCUGA